AUGGAUAGUGACAAUGAUUCUGAUGGAAUUAAUAUUUUAAAUGAUCUUUUAUCGGAUAACGAUAAAGAAGAAAAUGAAUCUACGAAAACUAAAACUAUUACAGAAUUGGAAUAUAAUUUUUUGGAUUCUAUAUCUAACGAUAAAUCAAUUGACAAAAUAAAUGAUAAAUGUGAUAAUAAUCAAAAGGUAAAUAAUAUUGGAAAUAUAAAUGAAAUUAUUGGUGAUAAUAUUGAUUCUUCGGACGACGAAGAUAAACGUUAUUUUGAAAAACAAAAGUAUUCUGAAUAUGGACGUGAUAUAAAACAUUUAUUAAAAAGUAAUGAAACAAAAAAGAAAGAAAGUUUUACAACGUAUGAAAAAGAUAGUAAAUCACUUUCUGUUAACAAAAAUGUUACAUUGGAUAAAGGUACUACUAAUUCAUCAUUCAUUCAAAACAAUAUUUAUAGUGAUCCUUUCUUUGGCAUAAGAGUUAUUAGUCCACUUAUUUCUUCUAAACAAAUGAAGGAACAAAUGAAUGGUAAAUUAGCCAUAACUAUUUCUAAAAUAAAAGCAUCUAUAUCAUCUGGUUUGUUGUCUAACGAUUGGGUAAUAGCUGGUGUAUUAAUUAGUAAAUCACCUACUAAAACUUCACAAAAGGGUUCAUCAUAUUGUAUAUGGAAACUUAGCGAUUUAUCUGAAAACAUGGAUACAAUUACACUUUUUCUAUUUAGUUCUGCUUAUAAAACAUUUUGGAAAACUACACUUGGUACUGUCAUUGGAAUUUUAAAUCCAAAUAUACUUGAAUCUAAAGAUAACUUUGAUCAAGCAACAUUGAGUAUUGAUACACCACAAAAGAUUAUGAUCAUUGGAAAAUCUAAAGAUUUGGGUAAAUGCAAGUCAAAUAAGAAAAAUGGUGAACCAUGUAAUGCUAUUGUAAAUACUAACCGAUGUGAAUAUUGUGUGUAUCAUGUCAAAGAAGAAUAUAAAAAAUGUUCUAACAGAGCAGAUUUAGGAUCUAACAAUAAUAUUCGUGGAUUUUCAUCUGAUUUUGUUAAAAAUAAAUCUCAAAAUAAUACUGCAAGGAUUAUGAAUAGUAAUGGUAUGCAACAACAAUUUGUUCCAAUACUUGCAAAAGAAAGUGACAAAUUGCGUACGAAUGAUCAAAAACGUUUAGCUUUAUUAUCCGAAAAGCAAUUAGAUAAAUCUAAAUUUACUGAAAAAAGCAAAGAAAUUAAAAAGGGAAGUAUUUCUGUAGAAUUGCAAUGUAAUCAAAUGAUAAAAGACAAUGAUCGAAUAAAUAAAUUAAAAGCUUGGAAUAGUAAUAAACAAUUAAGAAUGGAAUCAAUACCUUCACCUUCGCAAUCUAAAAGUACCAUAAAUAAAAGUUUAACUACUACAGAAAGUAAAGAAAAGAAAACAGCAAAUAUAGGACUUUCUGCAUUAUCAUCUCCACGCUUAGGAACAGGUUGUAAUAAUGGUACGAUAGAUUUUUCUGAACCAAUAACAAAAAGACAUAUCGAUAAUGCAAAAAGAAAUGCCAUUAAAUGGGUACAACAAAAUGGAAAAAUUAAGCCCAAAGAUCCAAAUAAAAUAAAUUUGACGAAGGAAGAAAGAAAGGGUAUCAAACGUCCAAGAGAAAUUGAUGAACAUAAAGAAGAAAAACAAGAAUCAAAAAAGGCUAAUAAUUUACCAAAUAAUUUUAAAGAAUUAAUGGAAGCUAAAUCUAAUCAUGUUGAUCUCAUAGAAAAAUCAUACGAAAAGGAAAAAGAAAAAUAUUUCAAUAAAUUAGAAAUGAUUGAAAAAAUGGAAGAAAAGAUGUUAUCAACUUUUAAAAUAGAAUGUAAAGCUGUAAGAUGUUUAAUAUGUAAAUAUACUGCAUUUUCAGGUUCAGAAUUAUGUAAAAAACAAAAACAUCCACUUCGUGUAAUAGAUGCUAUUAAAAGAUUCUUUAAAUGUUCAGAUUGUGGUAACAGAACUGUUAGUCUUGAAAAAUUACCUCUGUUUAGUUGUACUAAAUGUAAUGGUUCAAAUUGGUUACAAGCUGCAAUGAUGGAUGAAAGAAAAACUGAUAUUAUUAAAGAAAGUUUAUCUGUGCGUGGUGGUGAAGAAAAAUUCUUAGGAUGAUUGUUUCAAUUCAAAACAUAUCAACAAAUAUAUCAAUUUUAAACAUUUGCAAAAUUUAUCAAGAAAU